UCCCUCUGGAUCCUCUCCUCGUCCCCCCACACUACACCGCUCUUUACUCAACUGCUCCACUCCCCACCAACCACCCCCCACCGCCCCCGGCCCCACGUCGACGCGGUGCUGGUCACCCGGCAGCAGCAGCAACAGCGGCGGAAGCGGCCGGAGCAUGGCUCGCUGAUCCCUUCCCUGCUGCUCGCGCGGAGUAGCUUAGCUUGGAACAUGGGGCGGCAUUGGGCCGGCGUCCUGCUCCUCGCCCUGCACUGCGGGGUGGCGGCGCUGCUCCCCCCCUGCUCCGCGGCCUCGCCCCUGCCCCCUCCCAUCGGCGGCGACGUGUCGGCGCUGCUGGCCUUCAAGCGGGCGGUGAUCGAGGACCCGCACUCGGCGCUGGCCGACUGGACGGACGCCGACGGGGACGCCUGCGACUGGCGCGGCGUCGUCUGCUCCUCGCCCCACGGCUCCGUCGUCUCCCUGAGGCUGUCGAACGCAUCGCUCAAGGGGUUCAUCGCGCCGGAGCUCGGGCAGCUCAUCUUCUUGCAAGAGCUGUAUUUGGAUCACAACCUGCUCUUCGGCACGAUCCCGAAGCAGGUAGGAUCGCUGAGGAACCUCAGGGUCUUGGAUUUGGGCGCUAACCGGCUUGCUGGCCCUAUACCUCCUGAGCUGAGUGGACUGAACAGCGUGAGCGUAAUAAACUUGCAUUCCAACGGGCUAACCGGGAACAUACCACCACAGCUGGGCAAGCUACCAAAUCUUGUUCAGCUUAGGUUGGACAGGAACAGGCUGAAAGGGUCAAUUCCUGGUGGCAAUGCUACUGGUUUUUCUCCUAUGGCAGAUACCGGGUCCACACCUCACAGUGGACUAUGCCCGUCUCCUCGAUUAAGCGUUGCAGAUUUCUCCUUCAACUUCCUUGUUGGAAAAAUCCCAAUUUGUUUGAAGUAUCUUCCAAGGUCUAGUUUUCAGGGGAACUGCCUCCAGGAUGACUACUCUAUCCGACAACGUGCUCAUCAAAUUUGUGCAAGCGCGUCUACAGCUGCUAAUUUAAAGGGAUUCAAACGCCCUGCUUCUGAGCAUAAGCAUAAUAAAGUGCAGCAACCGACUUGGCUUAUUGUUUUGGAAAUCGCAACCGGUGCUCUCCUGCUUGUUUUCGUGAUCACUGCUGCAAUUACUGCCUCCAGAAGCUGCAAUCUAAAGCCUUCUAUAAGAAUAUCAUCAUGGAGUAGAUCAAAAAGUUGGAGCGACGAGAUAACAGUACUCAUUGAUUCUGAUAUGCUGAAAAGUUUGCCAAAGCUGAGUCGCCAGGAACUUGAAGUAGCAUGUGAGGAUUUUAGCAACAUUAUUGGCUCAACUCCGGAGACUGUAGUCUACAAAGGAACAAUGAAGGAUGGGCCUGAGGUUUCUGUCAUAUCAUUAUGCGCCUUUGAAGGUCAUUGGACUAGUCAGCAUGAACUCUUUUACCAAAACAAGGUUAUUGAUCUGGCAAGGCUGAAUCAUGAGAACAUAGCAAAGUUUCUGGGCUAUUGCAGAGAGAGUGACCCAUUCUCGAGGAUGUUAGUCUUUGAGUACGCAUCAAAUGGGACACUGUACGAGCACCUACACUAUGGGGAAGCAGCCCAAUUUUCUUGGCUCAGACGAAUGAAAAUAGCCAUCGGCAUCGCCCAAGGUUUAAGGUAUCUGCACACCGAGUCGCAGCCUCCGUUCGCUAUAUCAGAGCUGAACUCCAAUUCAGUUUACGUUACAGAAGAUUUUACCCCCAAGCUGGUCGACUUUGAGUGCUGGAAAAUGCUGUUUUCGAGGCACGAGAAGGCGCUCGGCCACUUCAGCAACAAAGCCUCUUUCCCUAGCCGGGACUCUUCGGAGGAUAAGUACAUGGACAUCCAAGGCAACACGUUUGCCUUUGGAGUGAUCUUGCUCGAGAUCAUCAGCGGGCGGCUUCCCUACUGCAAGGACAAAGGCUACUUGGUAGACUGGGCCGUCAAGUACCUCCAGCAGCCAGAGGAGAUCGGGAAGCUGGUCGACCCGGAGCUGACCAACGUGCGGACGGAGGACCUGGCGGUGAUCUGCAGCGUGGUGAGCCGGUGCGUCGACCCCGACCCGUCCAAGCGGCCGUCGAUGCAGAUCAUCGCGGGGGCGCUGGAGACCGGCAUCGACCUCUCGGCGGCCGGCAUCCUCAAGGAGUCGUCCCUGGCGUGGGCUGAGCUCGCCCUGUCGUUGUAGCACACGCCUCACCUCGUCCCACUGUAGAUUUUCGUCAAUUGCUAACACUGAUCUGUUGCACGCCGCCUUCUCUGCCUCCUUGCCUCUACUUGUACUCCCUCUGUAAAUAAAUAUAAGAGCGUCUAGAUCACUUCUUUAGUGAUCGAAGCGGUCUUAUAUUUUUUUACAGAGGGAGUACAACGCUUGCUAAAGUCGGUGAGCUAGUGGGCUGGGUUUAGCUUGGAUUCUCUGAUACCGCUUGCCUAGUUCGGCCGCCAUGUAAUUCUGUGUGCCUUAGUUGUAGUGUCAGUGUGGGGGCUCAGAAAAUGCAAUGCUGCUCCUUAUCUAAAAUGAUGUUGCACCUUGCCCCAACCUUGUUUUUCUGUUAGGAGUUGGGAAUGGAUGGAUGCUUUUCUCUA